AACCUCCUCUUGAAACUUGCACAGAAACCCAUGGAAUUUUCAUCAUUUUCAUCCCCCAAGGCAAGGAGGAGCUAGUUUUCAACCUCACAAUUGGAAUAUGAUAGAGAUCAGGAGCUGUCACAGUCUCAGAGAACUUCGGGUGGCUUCAAUUUGAAAUCUCAAAGCCUCGGGUGAGACUUUGCAAAUAGUUUUUUUUACCAAAUAUUUGAAAAGGUAUUCUAAGUUUGCGCCAACGACGAUCUCCAUACGAGAAUUUGGAGAGAAACGACUUCGAGACGUAAGAAAAGGGAAAAAGAAGAAAAGGAUUCCAUCAAUCCCGGCGCUCCGGAGGAUCGAAUUGAACAUCGCCACCCGUAAUCUAUUUGAGAGUAUCCUCGUGUCAAACGUGUUCGAGAUCCGAACUAGGAGGAGAAAAUAUUUAAAAUUUGGAUACGAAGAAAUUAAACAAAAAUCGAGAGUAAAAUUUUCAUAUCUUAUACGGUAAGGAAAAGAAGAAUAAAGAAGAGGAGAUAAUCGACGUUGUGUGAUAACAUAAGACCGGAAAAAUUCCAAAAUUCCCCGCAUGCCCCCCGAGUUUUAGAGGAGGAAGAUUUUCGUCGUGUGGAGUAAAAUCGGGCGGCCACCGCCAAUAUGCCUUUCUUCGAUAGUUUAAAAAAUAGGAAUCCUAUCAGCAACGAUUCAUGCUCAUCUGAUAUCGUUGGAAACAACGCCAACAAUUGUCAUAUUAAUAACGAGAAAUCAACAUCGUUUGUUUUCGAUAGCGAGAAAAUUUUUACAUUAAAGUGUUAUCAACUGACCAUUAUUACCCCGCAAGAGCUCGUCUUCUCCAACGUAUGAUCUGCCGUUAAAAUCGAGGAGAAAAAACGCAGACGAUAUUAACGGAGAUAAGAAACGAGAGACGUUAUUUGCACCUGUAACUGGUGUAAUAUAGAGAAAAGAAAAGGAAGAAGAGAGAAGAGAAUCAAUUAAAUACGUAGAUAGAUGGUGAUAAACAAUUGAAGGCCAAUUAAUAAAACAAAUAAAUAAAUAAACACAAUUAAAAACGAAAGACACUUUAUGUAAAACAAAACUAGAUAGGAUUCUAUGAUAUAAUAUAAAUAGAUUCGAUAAAGACAAGCGAACAACGACGUAUAAUUUAUACAUAAAAUAAAUUAACAUUAAGCGUAAUAAUUAAUAAUCAAUGAAUACUGUGUUAAUCUAACCGUAAUAAUCGUAUGACAAGUGUUGAACAAAACAACAAAAAAGGAAAUCACUCUUUUUUUCGACCUGCGGAAAACAAUUACAAAGGAAAUGAGAAUUUUAAGUAAAUGAUCGAGGAAUAAGGAUCAUCGGCCUAAGUAAAUUUAAAGGUAAAAGGAAGGACAAAAGUUUCGAUUAUUUAUUGAUUUUAUUUCUCAGCGAAAGAACGGACUGUGGUGGUAUUUAAAAAAAAAAAAAAAAAAAAAAAAAAACCAUAAAAAAGUGAACACAGUGGCGUCUUACCGGAGACGUAGACAAUAGAAAAUAUCGUAAAAAUGUUACCGUCACGAGGUGACGGUGUCGACGCGUCGGCGAUGAGGAGCAGAAGAAUUAGCGGGAGGAUCGCAAUCGAUGGAAUAAUGUCGUUCUCCCUGAUAAUAUCGACGAUCUUGAAACUGUCAUUUUUAACGAAUUCCGUGGAUUCCUAUCCGGCGGACAUCGUUCACACGUUCACCGACCCGGAGGUUGAAAACCUCAAUCAUUUGGUAGUCGACAAAAAUACGGGUCGCGUAUUCGUGGGCGGUGUGAACAAGCUCUACCAACUGUCGCCCGACCUCGAACUGGUCGUGAAGGAGACUACCGGGCCGAAGAACGACUCCACGGUGUGCUCGAUGAUCGACUGCCCCGUCGGCACGGUAAGAAAAUUAACCGACAACGUGAACAAAGCGCUGGUGAUCGACUACACCACCACCAGACUGAUAUCGUGCGGCAGCAUACUGCAGGGGAUGUGCACGGUGAGAAAUUUGCACAACAUAUCGGACGUCGUUCAGGAGGUCAGGGAGGCCGUGGUGGCGAACAACGCGACCGCGUCAACGGUAGCCUUCAUCGCGCCAGGUCCCCCGAAUCCACCGGUAUCGCAGGUGAUGUACGUCGGUGUCACCUACACCGCUAACUCCCCCUACAGAUCGGAGGUGCCAGCGGUGAGCUCGAGGUCCCUCGACAAGGGGAAGAUGCUGGUGAUCGCCGAGACCGCCGUAACCACCGGUACGAGGAUGUUCGUCAAUUCGCUGGCGAGGGAGAGGUUCCCGAUCAACUACGUACACGGUUUCAGCAGCGAGGGAUUCAGCUACUUCCUGACCACCCAGCCGAAGAACACGGUCGCCGGCAGCGAGUUCAUAUCGAAGCUGGUGAGGGUCUGCCACGACGAUCCCAACUACCAUUCGUACACGGAGAUCCCCAUAGACUGCACCAACGAGCUGAGGAAGUACAACCUGGUGCAGGCGGCGUACGCUGGAAAGGCAGGUUCCGACCUCGCCGGACACCUGGGUAUAACGGCGCAGGACGACGUUCUGUUCGCCGUGUUUUCGGAGAGCAAUUCGACCACCAAUAUACCGUCGUCCAGGUCGGCGCUGUGCGUCUACUCGUUGAAAGCCAUCAGGAGGAAGUUCAUGGGCAACAUUCAGCAGUGCUUCGCGGGACACGGACAGAGAGGACUGGACUUCAUAUCGCCCAGUCACGACUGCAUCACCACGAAACUCCAAACUAUCGCCGAAGAUUUUUGCGGCCUGGACGUCAACACCCCGUUGGGUGGCCAGGACCCCAUUGCCGCUCUGCCCGUUCUGCCCUUCGAGGAACAUCUUACGGCCGUGGCGGCGACGUCGACGGGCGAUUACACCGUCGUUUUUGUCGGCACCAGUAAAGGACAUCUCAAAAAAGUCGUCGUCGAGACAGCAACGUCGGCGAUGAAGUACGGUGAUCUUGUAGUGGACGCUGAUUCACCGGUGAAUUCUGAUCUUCAUUUCGACUCGCAGUUGAUGCAUUUGUACGUGAUGACGCAGCAGAAAGUAUCGAAAGUCAAAGUACAGGAAUGCUCGGUUUACAAAACUUGUUGGGACUGUCUGGGAGCUAAGGAUCCUUACUGCGGCUGGUGUUCGCUUGAAAAUAAAUGCAAUUUGAGAAGCGAUUGUCAGGAUGCGGCGAGCGAUCCGCUGUACUGGAUAUCGUACAAGAGCGGAAGAUGCACGACAAUAGCCAGCGUUACACCUAAUCAACUUCAAAGAACCACGGCUAGGACUCUGGAUCUGGUUAUUGAAAAUCUACCGACAUUAUCCGGACAAUUUUUAUGCGCCUUCUCGGCACUCGACAAAACACUCAUAACGAAUGCGACGAGGAAAUCCUAUGGCGUUAAUUGCACAACACCGAGGACCGAUCUUUUGCCAUCUAUUCCUCAAUCGCAUCAUCAUUUCACCGCCAAAUUAUCCGUCAGAAUGACCAGUGGUCCCGAUUUGGUUGCUACGAAUUUCACAUUCUUCGAUUGCAAUACGUACAGCUCUUGUACGCAGUGCGUUUCCUCGAGUUUUCCUUGCGACUGGUGCGUCGACGGACACAGAUGUACUCACGACACCGCCGAGAAUUGUCGCAACGAUAUUUUGGUCACCGGAGUCAGCAGAAUCGGUCCCAGCUACAGAAGUGGACCUGGAUUUUGUCCGACAUUGAACGCAACCGAUUCCGAAGAGAUUCUAGUGUCGUCUGGUAUUAAGAAGAAUAUUCGUGUCAAAGUUCAUAUCAUAGGGCAAUUCAUCGUCCAGACAAGAUUUGUCUGCCAGUUUAACAUCGAGGGACGAGUCAGCAGCAUGAAUGCUCAACUUUUGGGAGACACGAUUUACUGUGACCCUACGGAGUUCUCUUACACAUCUAGAGCACCCAACAUCACCGUUCCAUUCGCUGUGAUAUGGGGUGGCUCGAAACCUUUGGAUAAUCCUGACAACAUUCACGUUGUCAUCUAUCGAUGUAGGGACAUGGCUGACAACUGCGGUAUGUGCAUGGCCCUUGCGAUGAAGUACGGAUGUGGUUGGUGCCAAAGUUCAGACAAAUGUGAGGUCAAGGAUCAGUGCGACAAGGGGACAGGAGUUUGGCUCGACAGAAAUCAGACUUGCCCAAAUCCUGUAAUUCAUUCCUUCGAACCCCAAUUGGGACCUUGGGAAGGAGGAACUAAUAUCACCAUACAAGGCAUAAACUUGGGAAAAACUUUUGCCGAUAUUUAUGCAGGUGUUUCAAUAGCUGGACUAUCCUGUCAGCCUUACCCAGAACUGUAUAUAAAGACGAAACAAAUCGUAUGCAGAGUGGACGGACCUGGAACACGCGGGACCAGAAAGGGACCGGUCAUAGUUAAGAUAGAGGAUUUCAGAGGGUACUCGAAAAAUAACUUUGAAUUUGUGGAUCCCGUUAUCGAAUCCAUUUCUCCGAAGUACGGACCUCGCAGCGGCGGAACUGUCAUCAGAAUAACCGGACGUCACAUGAACGCAGGUAGCAGAAUAGAAGCUUCCAUAGACAACCUUCCUUGCUCCAUAAUAAGCGCGGAGGCGAACGAAACGCUUUGCAUGACGAGCGCGAGCAAUAAAACUCGUAGCGGUAUUCUGCGAAUGAUGUUCGACGGAGGAACCAGAGAAUACAACGGCGUCUUUGAGUACGUAGACGACCCGACCAUCGAAAGUGUAGGAAGUGGAGAAGCGGGGCAGACGAAAUUCCCGAAGGCAAUACCGGCCGGAGGUAUCAAAAUAGCGGUGACAGGAAAAAAUCUGGGCUUCAUACAGAACCCGCAGAUGUACGUUUACUACGACGACAAGAUGUUCGUGUCUCAGUGCGCGAUAUUCACCCAUACAAAUAUGAUUUGUAAUUCUCCGACGAUCGAAGUUCCCGAGGGUAUUUUCGCAGAGGACGAACUCCCGUUGUCACUCGAGUACGGAUUCAGAAUGGAUAACGUCACCGGUGUGCAGAAUCUCUCGGCCCAUUUGAGCAAUAAUUUCCUACUCUUCCCCAAUCCGAUCUACGAAGUAUUCGACGAGGAAGUCAAGUAUUACAAGAGCGACUACCUCACCAUUAACGGACAACACUUGGACCAGGCUUGUCAGGAGUCGGACGUCAUAGUGCAAAUCGGUAACUCGUUCUGCAACGUCACAUCUGUAUCUAGACAGCAGCUCACUUGCAGGCCUCCCCCCGUUCAGCCACCGGCACUUGACUCGGAGGGACUUCCAAAGCCAGAACUUCCAGAGGUCAUCGUUGUUGUCGGGGGAACCCUCAGAUACGUGAUAGGAAAGAUGAGCUACGCUUCCCCGGCUGGGCUCAACGGGUCGUUGUCAAAGCCUGCGAUGUACGGAGUUUCAGCGGCCAUUGUUAUACUCCUCUUCAUAUUCACCGCAUUCCUUGUAGCCUAUCGUAGAAAAUCUACGGAAAGCAAUCGGGUGCUCAAGAACAUGCAAGAGCAAAUGGAUAUCUUGGAGCUCAGGGUGGCCGCCGAAUGCAAAGAAGCAUUUGCCGAACUCCAAACCGAAAUGACUGAUCUAACCGGUGAUCUCACGAGCGGGGGAAUUCCGUUCCUGGACUACAGGGCCUACGCGAUGAAGAUAUUAUUCCCCAACAUCGACGAUCAUGUCGUCCUGCAGAGAGAGAGGCCUGAACUCAUGCAGAAAGAAAAAGGUCUAAGACUGUUCGGGCAGCUAAUUAUGAAUAAAACUUUCUUAUUGCUUUUCAUCAGAACUCUUGAGAGUAACAGAUACUUUUCUAUGAGAGAUCGCGUGAACGUCGCUAGUCUUAUAAUGGUAACUCUACAAAGCAAAAUGGAGUACUGCACCGACAUACUGAAGACUCUCCUCGCGGAACUCAUAGAAAAAUGCAUGGAGGGUAAAAGUCAUCCCAAACUCCUUUUGAGGCGGACCGAAAGUGUUGCCGAGAAAAUGCUCUCCGCAUGGUUCACCUUCUUACUGUACAAAUUCUUGAGAGAAUGCGCGGGCGAACCACUGUACAUGUUGUUCAGAGGAAUGAAACAACAGGUUGACAAGGGACCUGUUGACGCCAUAACUUCGGAGGCUCGCUACUCUUUGUCGGAGGAAAAAUUGAUCCGCCAAUCGAUCGACUUCAAGGCAAUCACCGCUUACGUGUCGAUCUCCCAGCAAACGGUGUUCGUCGGCGGUUUGGAUCCAAACACCGAAAAUGUCGCGGUUAAAGUUUUAGACUGCGAUACGAUUUCGCAAGUAAAAGAAAAGGCGUUGGACACGAUAUACCGAGCGACUCCCUACAGUCAGAGACCCCGAAAGGAUGACUUGGAUCUCGAAUGGCGCACCGGCACUUCGGGUAGACUCAUUCUCUACGACGACGAUUCCACGACAAAGGCUGAGGGUGAUUGGAAAAAGAGGAAUACCUUGAAUCACUACAGAGUACCCGAUGGCGCUUCGCUCAAUUUAGUCUCCAAACAGUCAUCGCUCUACAAUAUAUCAAUACUUUCAGAAAAAACCGACAAAUCCCACAAGUACGAGACGCUGAAUUUAGGCAAAUUUAGCUCCGCCAGUCCGCCCUUGUCUCGCGCAACUUCGCCGCUCAACCACGACCACGACAGCGGAACCAAAUACUGGCAUCUCGUCAAACAUCACGACACAGAUGCCCAGAAAGAGGGGGAGCGCGGGAACAAAAUGGUAUCAGAAAUUUACCUCACAAGGUUACUCGCUACCAAGGGUACUUUGCAGAAAUUUGUCGACGAUUUGUUCGAGACCAUAUUCAGCACCGCCCAUCGGGGGUCGGCCCUUCCUCUGGCUAUAAAAUACAUGUUUGAUUUCCUCGACGAUCAAGCGUUACACCAUGGCAUAUCAGACCCUGAAGUUGUUCACACGUGGAAGAGCAACUCGCUUCCUCUCAGAUUCUGGGUAAACCUUAUAAAAAAUCCCAACUUUGUAUUCGAUAUUCAUAAAUCCAACAUCGUUGAUUCCUGUUUGUCCGUCGUCGCGCAAACCUUCAUGGACAGUUGUUCCACGUCGGAUCACAGAUUAGGUAAGGACUCGCCGAGCUCCAAGCUCUUAUACGCAAAAGACAUUCCAGGGUACAAAGAAUGGGUGGAUCGAUAUUAUUCCGAUAUUAAAAUAAUGCCAGCGAUCUCCGAUCAAGACAUGAACGCUAUGCUCGCCGAAGAAUCUAGACUUCACGCGACAGAGUUCAAUACAAAUUGUGCCCUCUACGAGCUCUACACGUACGCGGUAAAGUAUAACGAACAGUUGAUCGUCACAUUGGAAGAGGAUGAAUUUUCACAAAAACAAAGGCUCGCGUACAAACUGGAACAAGUGCACAACAUAAUGGCGGCCGAAGGGAAUCCCUGAUGCCUGUCUAACCACGUCAAUAAUUCAACUUACACAUCUCGUCAGGAUUUGCCGUGCUGAGUUGUAUUGAAUAGGUAUUAAAUUGAAUUAAACGAUAAUCACGAACAAUUCCAGGUUAUAAUCACCUGCCAUGAUUAUCCCGUUCUUGAUCACGAGGAUUCAUAGGCCGGAACCUGCAGUGUCUUAUCGUCACGGGAUGAUCUAAAAAGGUAAAGAUAAAAUUUCAUUCCGAUUCCCAAAUUACCAAGUACCAAGAAAAAAAAAAAAAAAUAAUUGAAAAUUAAAGGAAGGAAAAUAUUAAUAAAUGAAGUGGGAGAGACGCCUAGGUCUCUGCGUACAUAAUCUGAUACGCAUUAUAUUCGAUGUGCGUGCACAGGUUAUGACAAUGAAAAUGAGUCGAGAAAGUUAUCAGUAAUUAAUUGUGUACAGAUUGAGAGUACGCCCAAUGUAAAUAACACGAUGCGAGUAAGGUAUUACAAAUUAAAUUGAGAAAUACUUAUCCGAGACUCAUCGAUCGUAAUGCCAAUUUUCAUGACGAGGGGGGAAAAGCUCAACCCGAACUGAUGUGAAUAAAGUUUUGUCGCUGUCCCCCCCCAGAAAUAUAAUUGGAUCGGUAACACGUUUCAAUAAAUGUAUGCUUAUAACGCGAGCAAAAGGAAAAGAAAAGAAAGGAAAAAAAACUAUCUAAUAAGUAAUUAUAAUAAAUAUUAUAAAUUAAUUAAUUGAUUAUUUAAUUAAUUAACAAAUGUUGUAUAUGUGUAAAACAAUUUUAAACGUAAUGAAAAAAAAAAACAAAAAGAGGUAAGGCAAACGAACGAAAAGCUAAGAAAAUAAAAAACGAAAAAAAAUCAUUUUGGACGCGAUGAACUGAUCUAUAUAUAUAUAUAGUAUAAAUAUAUGAAUAUAUAUAAGUAUACAUACUAUUAUCAUAUAAUUAAAUAGUACAUAAAUAAUAAGUAAUCAAUUGAUUUUAACGAAGAAACAUUUCCAUCCACCGCUAUUAACUGAGACAACAAUUUCAUUUUUUUAAUUCUUUCCUACUAUUAUUCUAUUUUAUAUAUAUAUAUAUUUUUUUUUUCUAUAAAAAUCAUUUAUUAUAAAUUUA